AUGGAGCUCUUUGCCGACGUCGUCACGAAGACCGACGAGAACUUUUGCGCCCUAUGCACCAACGAGAAGGACGUCGGCAAAUCUGGCAAGCCCCUCCACCACAAAGGGUCAUCCUUCCAUCGUAUAAUCCCCAAUUUCAUUUGUCAGAGCAGUGACUUCACUGCGGGUAACGACGGCAAGUCGAUCUACGACGCCAAGUUUACCGACGAGAACAUCAUGAGAAAGCACACCGGGACCUGUCGAUGGCGAAGACUGACGAAGUGGCUUGACAACAAGCACGUGGUGUUCGGGCAGGUGGUGGAGGAGUACGACAUAUUGAAGGCGGUGGAGAAUGUCGGUCGGGGAGCCACCGGACCUUGA